CGCAUAUUCAUGUGGAUUGUGUGCAUUUUGGUGAACAGCACAUUCUUCCGCCGCCGCACAAAAAUGAUCCGUCGCAUUGGCAAGGCGUCGUUGCUCCUGUCCGUGGUGCCGAUGGCUGGACGCGCUGCUCGAGUCGCUUCGCAUGGUUCGGCAAUCCAAGCAUGCCGCAUGCUGUCUUCCAAAGAGACGCUUGCAAUGACUGAAGCGGACUGGCAACGGAAGCUCUCUCCAGCUCGAUUUCGCAUCCUGCGCCUCAAAGACACAGAGUACCCUGGCACGGGGGUGUAUGAUAAGCACACAGAGACAGGUGUGUAUACUUGCGGUGGGUGCGGCUCGCCGCUGUACACGUCAGAGCACAAGUUUGACGCAGGAUGUGGAUGGCCCGCAUUCUUCGACGCCGUUCCCCAUGCGGUGAAAGAAAUCCCAGACGCCGAUGGCCAUCGAACUGAAAUCGUGUGUGCUUCAUGCGGCGGCCACUUAGGUCACAUCUUCCGCAACGAAGGGUUUCCCACCCCCACAAAUGUCAGGCAUUGCGUGAACUCGCUCUCGUUAGACUUCGAGUCGUCGCACCGUGACGACCCUUAACCACUCAUCAAUGGAGUUCACUGUGCGUUGCCAAUUGACCAUGGGGACCAUGAAGUCGUCGGCGACGAUGCGGCAUUCGAGCACGAUGGAAACAAAGAUGAUCUGGCUCA